CGUGUGAGGCAGCCCCAACGGGGUCCUCCUGGGGCCUUCCUCCCUUUGAACUAGGGAGGCGGGCGGGCUCGCCGCAUUCUGCUCCCCUCAGAGCGGGGGCCACCAUGGCCACGGUUGCGAGUUGGCCCCGUGCCGGCGGGUCGCGGGACAUCUUGUGGCGCGUUUUGGGAUGGAGGAUAAUUACAAGUAUUGUGUGGUCAGUGCUGCUUCUACCCAUCUGUACCACAGUAUUUAUAAUCUUCAGCAGCAUUGACCUAUUGCAUCCUAUACAGUGGCUGUCUGAUUCUUUCAAUGAUCUAUAUAGUUCCUAUGUAAUCUUUUACUUCCUGCUGCUAUCGGUGGUAAUAAUAAUAAUAAGUAUUUUCAAUGUGGAGUUCUACUCAGUUGUGCCUUCCAUUCCCUGCUCCAGACUGGAACUGAUAGGGAAAAUCAUUCAUCCUCAGCAGCUCAUGCACUCAUGUAUUCAUGCUGCAAUGGGAAUGAUGGUGGCUUGGUGUGCUGCAGUGAUAACCAAGGGCCGAUACAGUUUUCUUGUGGUUCCCUGCACUGGUACUGAAAGCUUAGAUGGCCCUGCUGCACAAACCUGCUUAAAUGAAUACCACCUUUUUUUCCUACUGGCUGGAGCAUUUAUGGGCUAUUGCUAUAGCCUCUUGUAUUUUAUUAACAACAUGAACUAUCUUCCAUUUCCCAUCAUACAGCAAUACAAGUUCUUGCGCUUUAGGAGAUCUUUGCUCUUACUAGUUAAACACAGUUGUAUGGAAUCACUGUUCCUGAUUAGAAAUUUCUGCAUUGUGUAUUAUUUUCUUGGCCAUAUUCCCAAAGCUUGGAUUAGCACUGCUAUGAACCUUCAGAUAGAUGAGCAAUUUCAUAGACCUCUUGAUACUGUGAGUGGCCUCUUGAAUCUCUCAUUACUCUACCAUGUCUGGUUAUGUGGAGUCUUUCUUCUGAUGACUUGGUACAUCUCGUGGAUACUCUUCAAAAUCUAUGCCACAGAGGCUCAUCUGUUCCCUGUUCAACCACCAUUUGCAGAAGAGUCAGAUGAAUGCCUCCCAAAAGUCUUAAACAGUAAUCCGCCCCUCAUCAUAAAGUAUUUGGCCUUGCAGGACCUGAUGUUGCUUUCUCAAUAUUCUCCUUCACGAAGACAAGAAGUUUUUAGUCUUAGUCAACCAGGUGGACAUCCCCACAAUUGGACGGCCAUUUCAAGGGAGUGUUUGAAUCUUUUAAAUGAUAUGACUCAGAAACUGGUUCUCUACCAAGAAGCUGCUGCAACGAAUGGAAGAAUAAUGUCUUCUUCAUACACAGUGGAGCCUAAGAAAUUGAAUUUUCCAGAAGAAACUACUUUUCAGACCCCAAAAUCUAGUCAGAUGCCUCGGUCUUCAGUGCCACCGUCAGUUAAGACAUCACUGUUUUCCCCAAAAUUAUCUACACCUGAUAUUUCAAGUCCCCUUGGAUCCCCUUUUGGCUCUACUGUAAUAAAUCGGAUGGCUGGAAUUUUUGAUGCAACCACUGGCUAUGGGUCACCUGAAAGUUCUCAGCUAAUAAGAAGAGGGCCAAGAUUAUGGUCUUCUACCCCUGAUCAGCAAAUGAAUGGAUUUUCUAAUCUUCCAUCUACAGUUAGUGCUGAGGGUAAGACAAUGAGACAGCCCAGUGUGAUUUAUUCAUGGAUUCAGAAUAAACAUGAACAGAUUAAGAAUUUCAUGUCAAAACGUGUGCUGAUAAUGUAUUUUUUCAGUAAGCACCCAGAGGCCUCCAUUCAGGCUGUUUUUGCAGAUGCCCAAAUGCAUAUUUGGGCUUUGGAAGGUUUGUCACACUUAGUAGCAGCGUCAUUUACAGAAGAUAGAUUUGGAGUUGUCCAGACUACACUACCAGCAAUUCUUAAUACUUUGUUGACACUGCAAGAGGCAGUUGACAAGUACUUCAAGCUUCCUCAUGCUUCCAGUAAACCACCUCGGAUUUCAGGAACCCUUGUGGACACUUCCUAUAAAACAUUAAGAUUCGCAUUUAGAGCAUCACUAAAAACUGCCAUCUAUCGAAUAACUACUACAUUUGGUGACCAUCUGAAUGCUGUGCAAGCAUCUGCAGAACAUCAGAAAAGACUUCAACAGUUCUUGGAGUUCAAAGAAUAGUUAAGUAAUAUAAACUGUGUUCAUUACACUGCUGAUACAACUACAGAUGGGACAGUAAAUGUUCAGCAUUCUUGGAUCAGAAGAAAAUGGACUAAUUAGAUGCUUCCUUUGUCGUGGUGGUUGCUUUGAAAACUAUACUUUAAUGGGAGAAAUCAUGGAAAGAAAUUCUCAACAGAAUAACUGAAAACGGCCUUUUCUGUACCAGUUGCUUGUUGUGUGUGUGGUAUAAUAAAAUCUUUAUUCAAUUUCA